GGCAUUUAGCUAGUGGAGAGGAACAAUCUCCUCUGACUGUCGCUCCUGCUCUCUGCUUUACUUAAACAAACAGUUGCAAACGAUAGAGCGACAGAGACAGGGACAAAAGCAGGUGACAGGGCAUCUCUCAACUACACCAUGUCAUCUCAGAACCCUGAAGAGCUAAGGAGAACUACAGAACAUGAUGUCAAGAAACCAGUUCCACGUUUGAAGCCACUCUUAAAACCUAAGCCAGCCAUUCCUCCACGACCAAAAGGAUCCCUCUACUCAUCAGUAAGUCAUGAUUCUUCCAUUCAAGAUGCCCCACCAGACUAUUGUCUUUCUUCACCUCCUCCUGAGAUACCCUCAGCUCUGAAGAUUUCUCAGCUUACAGGACCACAACCAUAUGGGACCAGACGCACAUCUUUGAAGAGAUUUGUGUCAUCUGGAGGAGGUGAAACGGAUUAUGGAAACCUGUUAUCACCCAUAUCACCCUCAGAAAGUUCAAUAAUAGACUUUCCUCACAAAGUCGCCACACAUCAUCAUGUGUCGGCUCUUCCAAGACCGUUCCAAAGUGGAGGAAUUCGAAAAGGAUUAGGUCCUCUCUUGCUAACCUCAAGAGGAUGGGGAGAACAACGAUGGCAGCAAGCAAAAGACUGCAUGGAGAGCGACACAGAUUCCAAGAGUUACAGCUUAAGCACAGAAAAUAAGGAAAAAGCAGCAGAGAAAAGUGAGAUAAUCUUAUUAGAAGAGAAACCAGUUUUUGUCCCCAAGGAAGCAACAAGUUCUAUAUCAUCAGCACUAAUAACAGGAGUUUCUACAAAUAAAUCAGAUGAAAUACCAAACAAUAAAAUUAACACCAGUAGCGAGAAAGUUCCAGACGUUCUUUCAGAAGGUGUGACUCCUGCUGUAUUUCUUAAGACACAAGAACAUGAUGGACAUUCAUACUUUAAAAAAGAUGAAGGUUUGAAAAGACUAGAUCAUGAGCAUAUUCUACUUCCAGAGAAUGAUGCUGUAUCACAAAAGUGUAAUGACUUUCAUAGAUCAAAAGAUCAAUCCAAAACAUCUGAAGGUCGUCAACUAGAUAGAUUUACCUCCCCGGAACUGGAAGAUGUUAAGUCUGGUAACAUUACUCUUCCAUACCAAUAUGAUUAUCAAGAAGUCACAAUUUUGCCCUUUAAGCCCAAAUGUCCAGAAGAACCCUGCACUAAAGCCUUAGAUUAUGAAGAUAAUGAAGAGAUGAAAACUAAGUCACACUCUGAUAGCAUUACUCUUCCAUACCAAUAUGAUUAUCAAGAAGUCACAAUUGUGCCUUUUAACCCCAAAUGUCCUGAAGAGCCCUGCACUAAAGCCUUAGAUUAUGAAGAUAACGAAGAGAUGAAAACUAAGUCACAGUCUGAUAGCAUUACUCUUCAAGACCAAUAUGAUUAUCAAGAAGUCACAAUUGUGCCUUUUAACCCCAAAUGUCCUGAAGAGCCUUGCACUAAAGCCUUAGAUUAUGAAAAUAAUGAAGAGAUGAAAACAAAUUCACAAUCUGAUAACAUUACUCUUCUAGACCAAUAUGAUUAUCAAGAAGUUACAAUUGUGCCUUUUAAUCCCAAAUGUCCUGAAGAGCCCUGCAUUAAAGAUAAUGAAGAGAUGAAAACUCAGUCAUUUGUUUUAAAAGAUUAUAGUGAUACUAGGCAAAUCACAAAUGAGAAGCCCAAUAUUUCUUCUAAGAAUGAAGAACUCAUAACUGAUCUUGAUAACUAUACUAAAUAUUCCUACCACGCUCAGUCUUCUGAUACAAUAAACAGUGGGAUUGUACCAGAGCAUCCCAUAGUUCCUAGUGAAGAAAGCAUAAUACCCAAUGUGAUUUCUGAUCAGUUUCUAAAGAACAGUGGCAAGACUCCUAUUCCACUCCCACGGGGAAGAAAAAUGGUUACAAAGGACACAGAUGUGGUCCCGAUUCAACAUUCAGAGGACAAAAGUCACAUCCCAGAAGAUUCCUUUAGAAGCUAUGGAGAUAGAAAUGUGAUUGAUUGGGAAUAUAAAGAGGAAUAUGUAACAGGUCCUGAGAAACAGUCUCAGCAUAGCGGUGAGACUCCAAUAAAUACUCAUGAUGUCCAUAAUUCGACUCCAAAUGCUGUGAAUUUGGAAAACAUUAGCAAAGUGGAUGAUGAUGAUGAUUACCUGACACAUCGGCAAAUAAAAUCAGACCCUAUUUAUUCUGAGACCCUUGAACAUUGUUUGGAAAAACAAAAAGGCAAACAACAAAUGUCAAUUACCACAGAUGAGGUUACAAAGAAAGAGCAAAUAAGUCAAAGAACUACAGAUCAAGAACAGAAAGCGGGGAAUACAGAUCAGGCUACUACAUAUUUGCAUAGUUUUGUUAAUCCGGAAGCUACUCUAGAACAUAGCAUCAGUGCUGAUGAAAAAGUGCCUGAGAACUUGGACAAUACUGAACAGCUAAUUUACUUCCUAGAGGAUAACAAAGAUACUCAGAUGCCCUCUGCAGUAUAUCUUUCAAUGAAGGAUGAACACUCAGACACCAAGGAGACACAGCAAUUGGAAUUCCAUCCCACAAUAGAAGAACACAAUUUGAGAGAAAAAAACAAGUUAUAUAAUGUCCAAGGUACCCAAAUUUCCUCUAUUCAAGAUUCUGGAAGCAUUUUAACCACUAAGCCAGACAGCUCAAAGGAUGAUGCAUACUGGGAAUCAGCAACAGAUGCCAAUCCCAUGAACAAAGUAAGUGAACAUUAUCCUGAAAGACAUGUUGGGAAUCAGACAGACAGACAGCAUGGAGACUACACAGAAAGACAAUCAGCAGACUACACAGACAAAUGGACCAGAGAUUACAAAGAGAAACAGUCUGAGGUUUACACAAAAAGACAUUCAGAAGAUUUCAUAGAGCAACAACCUGAAUAUCAAAAAGAGAAAGAGCAAGAAGAUCAAACACAGGUAGAGUUAGACAUUUCAAGAGUGGAAGAACAUGGAUAUUAUACAGGAAGUCAGUAUGAAUGCAAAGACACACGGCCUUGUGAUUCUUUAAAAGAACAGAGUUUGAGUGGCAUAGAGAUACAGUAUUCUGGUGUAAAAGAAAAACAACCUGUAGAUGAGGAAGAGAGAGAACACAGGAGAGUUGAAGACAAACUACCUGUUAAUGACUUAGAUAGACUGUAUGAUGGUUAUUUAGAUAAGCAACAUGAAUUUUACACAGAAAGAAUGAGAGAAGAUACAAUUGAGAAACUCUAUAACAUUUUCAACAAAGCCUCAGCAGAGAGACAGCCGUACAGUCACACUGAGAGACAGACUGCUGAUUACACAGAGGAAGCAGAGUGUGAACCUGAAAAUGAUGCUGAGAAGAUCCCUCGUGAUCAUGCAGAGAGUCAGCUAGUCGAAUACUUGAUAAGACAGGCUAUUCAAGCAGAGGGGCAACAUAAAAUAAAUACAGAGAGACCGCCCAUAGCUAAUGAAAAAAACCAGUAUGAACAAUAUACUCAGAACCAACAGGAUGGUUUUACUGAGAGACAACUUCAUACAGAAAAAGAGUAUGAAGAAUACAGGAAGGAACAACAUGAGGUUUACGAAAGGAGACAGCCUGAAAACAAUGAUAUUAGGCAGUCCGAUGAUCAAGCUGAAAAACAACAUUUAGUUUACCCGGAUGGGCACACUGACAAUUCUACUAUAAGGCUGUCUAAUCAAGCAGAGAAACAGCACGAUGUUCACCUAGAGAAAAGUUAUUUGGCUCAUGAAGAGAAACUUUAUGAAGACAGUGAGUCUCAACCUGUUGAUGUGACCUAUAAAACGUAUGAACAUUACAUAGACAGGCAACAUAUGGAUCAUGGAGAAAGGCAGUUUGCUGAUCAAAAAGAGGCAAAUGAAGAAGAUUUGAAAAAACAACUCAUUGAGCAUGAAAAUACACAUUAUGAAGAGUACAGAAAGGAAUGUGAGAAAGCUUACAACACACCACAGCCUACCAAUCACUCACAAGAAGAAUGUGAAGAUUACACAAACAGACAAUCUCCCGAUCACUCGUCUAGAGAGGUGGGCAAUCACAUGAAGGAGCAGCAAGAAUUUUACACAGAUAAUAAAAUGGUUGAUCAAUCUGAAAAAGAAUGUGAACAUGACACAGGACCACAAUAUGAAGUUUACCAAGAGAAAAUGUAUGAUGGUCAUGUUAAAAGCCCAAGCUCAGAUGCAUACAGACAAACAGCAACUGAUGGAGAGAGGCAGACUGGGAGUUAUUAUGAGGUUGAUGAAACAGAAGAGGAUACACAAGUACAGAUAUGUCCGACCUCACAUUUAAGACUAGAUGGGACCACCACUGGCCUACACCCUUCAGAGGAUACACAGGACAAUUUGUCUGAAAAUGAUUCUGGACCCUGUAAAACGUUGUCUGUUCAUCGGGAUGAGACUGAUACUAAUGAUAUUCAGUCAGAGAAACUUCAAACAAAUGUCACAAUAUCAGAGCUACCACAACACAGAGACAUUCAAACAGAAGAAAAAGAAACUGACCAAUCAGAGAAGGAAGCACAAAGAGUUGCUGAAUCAGAUGAGCCGGAACAUGAAGCUCAUUUAAAAGAGGCAGAGGAUGAAACCAUCCAAUCAGAGGAAUUGAUUAAACAAAAUGAUUUUUCCUUCCUAGAGGGUACUGAAGUUUUAGACACCUCUUCCUUGAGAGGUAGAGCGUCACUUGGCAGAAAAAGAUGUCACAGAACUCCGCCACAACAAAUAUGCACCUCUCAAGGAGAGACAGAUCCUGGAUAUUGGAUGUUCAGAGAUUCUACAGAACCUCAUCCAGAGAGAGUAUCUGAUAUGGAGGCAGAACAAGCGGGGACCUCUCCUGCUCCAAUUUCUGAUAGCUCCCCCUCCCCUGAAAUCUCUUCACCUGGAAAGUCUCACUCAAAGAAAAGUGGAAUAUUUGCGUCAAUCACACCAAGUCUUCUAAAGGGUCGUCGUCUCAAAUCACGCAAUAAAAGCUCAGUAGAGGGUACAGCAAAAGAAGAGUCAGAGGAGUCAAAACUGUCCCCAAAAUCUCCAGAUAAAGACAAACAGGAUGGGCACUCCCUGAACUGGCUAAAUGCUUUGAAAAGAAAAAAGAAAAACACACCAAAGUGAUACCUUUUAGAUCUGAUGCCUUAAUAAAAGUUUAUUAAUGUUAUUUUUUAAAUUGUAUUUAUCUUUGUCUUAUAAUCUGUUUUUCUUGUUGUUUCCUUCACUCUUCCAUCCUAUUUCUAUAUUUUAUACUACUUUCUUAAUGGCCUUGGUUCAUUAAAGCUUUCUGGUCAGCGAGACCUAACAGAAAGAUAUAGGCAUAUGAUGUUCAGAAGCUCCCUAAGGGAUAUUCUUUAUGAUGUUCAAUGCAUUAUUUUCAGUUUUACUUAUCUUAAACUAUAUUUUAUGUAUUUAGGAAUACAAUUUAAACAACCUACAAUUUUAUUUAAAGGGAUACUAAACCCACAUUUUUUCUUUAAGGAUUCAGAUAGAGCCUGUAAUUCUAAGCAACAUUCUAAUUUACUCCUAUUAUCAAUUGUUCUUCAUUUUCUUGCUAUCUUUAUUCAAAAAGCAGGAAUGUAAAGCAAAGGAGCCGUUCCACUUUAGGCCUUGCAGUGUUGACAUCAUUGGCUGGAAAAGGUCUUUCAGGGGGUUUCUUUAAACAAACCCCUGAAACAGGAGUUAAGAAGCAGCAUUCUUAAGACCGCUGCUCCUUAACUCGUUUACCACCUCUGAGGCUGCAGACAGCAAUUCCGCCUGAUCGCAUAUGUUCUGGUUGAUUGACGCCCCCUGCUAGCAACCGAUUGGCCGCGAAUGUGCAGGGGGCGGCAUUGCACAAGCAUUUCUAGUGAAAUGCUUGUGAAAUGAUAAAUGCCGACAGUGUAUGCUACAGCGGAUCAUGUCCGCCCGCACAUUGAUAAUUCUGCCCCAUUGUCUCACUUCUAUACUUGUGAGGUAUUCUCAAAACAUGAAACAAAAUUUCUAAACUGAGAGAGAAAAAAUAACAUAUAUACAACUAGAAGUAAAUACAAAUUGAAUUUUCACUAAAGGCAUAGCAUUUUGAUUUAUAUUCUCUUCAAAUGAAGAUUUUUUAAAUAUAUAUAUAUUAUUUUUUUUUGCAGAAAAAAUAACAUAUAUACAACUAGAAGUAAAUACAAAUUGAAUUUUCACUAAAGGCAUAGCAUUUUGAUUUAUAUUCUCUUCAAAUGAAGAUUUUUUAAAUAUAUAUAUAUUAUUUUUUUUUUGCAGCGUUAUAAUUUAACAUUGGAUGCUGCUUUCCAGAAAUGCCAUUACAUUGAGUAAUACCUCACAAAGGCCACAAUUCUAAUUUAUUACAAAUUUCCUUGUGAUAACAUUGUACAUAUGCUUGAGUGAUUUUUGGCUUAAUUUUCUAAGCUGUUUAAAACCAUUUGAAGAUAUGCUGUUUAAACCAAUAAAACUGCAUGAGUUAUGUAUACAGUAUUUCAGGAAAAUCUUAUUAAGCAAAACAAAAAAAGGAAGAAAUAGAUUUUUCACAGGCUAUUUAAUACGUUUUUUUUGUAGGGAAUAUAGCAGAUCACAACGGAAAUAGACAAUAAAUACCUCUUGAUUUUAUGUAGAAAUGUGCUUAUGCCACGCUUCUUAGAGACGCCAAAAAGCAUAUUCUGUAACCUGCAAAUGCUGCAACUCAAAUAGCUGGUAAAGGUAACUGGCAUCAUUUUAAGAACCUAGAUUAAAUUUUUUGAUUUUUGGCCUCUCUAGGGAAAAGCACAAAAAUAAAAUACAUACAGGGCUAGAUUACAAAUUGAGCGCUGAAUUAUCGCGCAUGCGCUAAUGGGAAAAGUUGCGGUCGCGCUAUAAUUAAUCAGUCAUUACAAGUGGCUGGUUAUUGUUACCGCGAACUUGCGGUAGCAAUUAGCGCUUAUAAAAUUAACCAAAGAUCAGAUAUCUGGUUAAUUUUAUAAAUGUGCCCCAAAAAUACAAAACAAAUGGCACUAAAAAGUUCCUUUACAUUGCGGUCUAUGGGAACUGUGUGCUCCCUGUAAAUAUAUAUGUAUAUGCUAAUAUACAUAUAUAUUUAUGUGUUAAUAUGUGAAUAUACACUGACUUCAGCUGAUUUUCUUCAUUACAAAUUCAUCUUGAACUCCUACUACUCUGCCCUUAAUCUCCACAAGCAACACUACUUCUCUACUCUUAUCUCUAAUCUUUCUUCAAACCCAAAACGUCUGUUCUCCACUUUCAAUACUCUCCUCCGCCCUCCCCCACUUCCUAAUACAACUUCUCUGUCAGCUCAAGACUUUGCCAGUCACUUCAUUAACAAAAUUGAUUCCAUCAGACAUGAAAUCAGCUCUCAACACAAUUCCAUUCUCCCCCCCCCUCAAAUACUCUCACUCAACCACACCCCUCAUAACCUGAAACUUAGUUCAUUCUCCCCUGUUACUGAGGACGAAGUUUCAGCACUUAUACUGCGCUCUCGCCUCACUACCUGCCCCCUUGACCCUAUCCCCUCACAGCUGCUCCCCUCUCUCUCUGCUAUCCUUACCCCUAUGCUAACACACAUUUUCAACCUCUCCCUCAGCACUGGUACAUUUCCCUCAUCAAUGAAACAUGCACUGGUCACACCUAUCCUCAAAAAACCUUCCCUUGAUCCUACCUCCCCAUCCAACUACCGCCCAAUUUCCCUCCUCCCUCUUGCUUCAAAGCUUCUUGAAAAACUAGUAUAUGCACGCCUAUCCCAUUUCCUUACGUUAAACUCUCUUCUUGACCCGCUGCAAUCUGGAUUUCGUCUCUAUCACUCCACAGAGACAGCUAUUGUUAAGGUCACCAACGACCUAUUUACAGCUAAAUCAAAAGGCCACUUCUCUCUGCUUAUCCUCCUUGAUCUGUCCGCAGCCUUUGACACUGUCGACCACCCUCUUUUGCUUCAAACCCUCCAAUCCUUCGGCAUCUGUGACACAGCCCUUUCGUGGCUCUCUUCCUACCUGUCAAACCGUACCUUCAGUGUAGCCUUCUCUGGAGCCUCCUCUGCCCCGUCACCACUUUCUGUUGGAGUACCGCAAGGCUCUGUCCUCGGUCCCCUUCUCUUCUCAAUCUAUACGUCAUCACUAGGUUCCCUUAUUAAGUCCCAUGGUUUCCAAUAUCAUUUGUAUGCCGAUGACACCCAAAUCUACUUCUCUGCACCAGAACUAUCUCCUUCCUUGCUAACCCGUGUCACUAACUGUCUUUCUCACAUCUCUUCCUGGAUGUCCUCUCACUACCUCAAGCUAAAUCUCUCCAAAACUGAGCUCCUCAUUUUCCCCCCUUCUUCCAAAAUCUCCACCCCCAAUAUCUCUAUAACUGUCGACAACUCCAUCAUUACCCCUACCCUGCAUGCCCGAUGUCUCGGGGUCACAUUUGACUCAGAUCUUUCCUUCACUCCUCACAUUCAGUCCUUGGCUACAGCCUGCCGCUUCCACCUUAAAAACAUCUCUAAAAUUAGACACUUGCUUACACAAGACACAACUAAGAUUUUAAUCCACUCUCUCAUUCUUUCCUGCCUUGAUUACUGCAACUCUGUCCUCUCUGGUCUCCCCACCUGCCGCCUAGCUCCUUUACAAUCCAUAAUGAAUGCCUCUGCCAGACUCAUCUUCCUUACACGUCGCUCUUCAUCUGCUGCGCCUCUCUGCCAAUCCCUUCACUGGCUUCCUCUUGCCUCUAGGAUCAAACACAAAACUCUCACUCUUACAUACAAAGCCCUCAACUGCACUGCUCCCCCCUACAUCUCAGACCUUGUCUCCAGAUACUCUCCCUCCUGUCCCCUUCGCUCUGCUCAUGACCUCCUACUCUCCUCCUCUCUUGUCACCUCAUCACACUCCCGUUUACAGGACUUCUCCAGACUGGCUCCCAUCUUGUGGAACUCUCUGCCUCGCUCCACAAGACUCUCUUCUAGUUUUAAAAGCUUCAAGUGCUCCCUAAAGACUCUACUGUUCAGGGACGCAUACAACCUACGCUGACCUUUCCUAUUACCAGUUCCUCUCCUCCACUGCAAUCCCCUGAACCCUCUUAGCAUGUAAGCCUAAGAGUCCAGCUGUUUGUAGAUCACCUUCUUAAGAGCUGACUACAACAGUGCAACUCUUGGCAGGGCCCUCAACCCUAUAAUUGUUUUCUUGUACUCCCCUUUGUUUAUAGCGCUGCGGAAUCUGUUGGCGCUCUACAAAUAACCGAUAAUAAUAAUAAUAAAUAUAUACAGUAUGUAUAUAAUCAGAUACAUAUAUAUUUAAACUUGCUGCCAUCACUGCAGAACAAAAAAUACCAGCACACAUUAGCAUGCACUGGUAUUACACCGUGGAGCACAAAUAUCGCUUUCAUGAAAGCGAUAAUUAGUGAUUCGCUUGUAAUCUGGACCUUAAUUCCCCUUUAAUAAAAGAGCUAAGACUGCAACCAGAUCUUUUUUAAUGAAUCAAGGCUACAUUUCUCUUGUUUGCUCUGUCUUUCUAAUUUUUAUUUUGUUCUUUUCAGAUUGUUACAUUCUUUCUUUUCCUCACAUUUGUCAUCUUGCAAUGCCAGCAUUUUGUACUUUAUAUCUGACUCUGUGUCUUUGCCAAAAUCUGAUUCUUUUUUUUUAAUGUAUUUUAAACAACUGUAAUUUGUUUAAUUUGUGUAAUUACGCAUUUGUAAUUGAUAAUAAGUAAAUGAUACAGAACAUGCCAAAAAGCUAUAAAUUAAAUAGUAUCCAUUUUCAGAACUCUUUUUGUUUCUUAUAAAUAUAUCAGGGUUUUACACCUAUGACUUACUGUGGUUUUUUAACUGUAGUACAACUACAUUUUAUUAUCAGGAUUAUUAUUUUAAAGAUCAAACAUUUCUGGGUUUUUUUUAAUCUUUAUAUUCAUGGUCCUUUAUCCAGACAAGAUUUGUUGACAGAGCUGUUUCUGCACGGACUUUUAAUUAUUACUCCCACAUUUGUCCUAAGAGCCCAAAAUGGAGUGAAAACAAGGUCAUACUAUACUAUAACAAAUAAGAAACAAAAUAAUAAACACUAUUAGAUUUUGUAAUGAAAAAGUGCUUUCUGUUGUGAUCUUGUUUAAUAAUACACUUAAUUUUAUAAAGUUCUUUUAAUGUGAUAGUGAAAUAAAGUAUUAACAGUCUAUACAUUACCAUAUACAUAUACCAUUAUAUAUAUAUAUAUAUAUAUAUAUAUGUGUAUAUUAAGUACAAUUCCCUUCUCUCAAUAGUACUUAUGUUUCCCCGUAUUAAAGGCUUUAGACCAGACAUCCUCAGACUUGGCCCUCCAGAGGUUUUGGAACUCCAUUUCCCAUGAUGCUCAGCCAGCAUAUGAGCUGGCUGAGCAUCAUGGGAAAUAUAGUUCAAAAACCUCUGGAGGGCCAAGUUUGAGGCUGUCUGCUUUAGACAUUUAGAGCUGUACACUUGUGCUCCUUCAGUAAUGGAUAUGACCAGUUAACCAAUCAAGGCCAGCAUACACGUCUAUGCUCCAAUCACUAGCCAUAUCAUCAUUGUGGAAGGCACAGAAACACACUGGGUUCACAUUUUUGAAUAUAUGUUAAACACCCAAACAGGGGUUAAAGCAAUAGUGACAGAGAAGGGAAGUGGUUAUAAAAGAAAAUGAUCUAACAAAAUAGUAUUUUGUUUUUACACUAGAAUAUCGCUUUAAAGGGAUAUACUACUCAAAGUUUUUCUACCAAGUAUAUGAAAACGCAGCAGUUAAAAAUAAUUUUUGCAUAAAAAACCUGUAAGUUAAACCUGUUUACAUAGAAUGUAAAAUUAACAGGAAGUGCAAAAUUGUGUACAAACUGAGUCACAUGACUCUAAUGCUCAUUGGCUGACUGGAACAAAUCAAAAAGAUUUUAAAAGGUUUUAUUUAGCAUAAGAACAUUUUUUUUUUUUACAUUUUGAAAUACAAAUAUAUUCUAAAUAAUUAUCUUUUAGAUAAAGAAAGUAACAUCCUUUUUAAUGUAUCCACAUGAACUUCAAAGGACAGUGCAGGGACAAGUGUGCUACCUACAGCAUUACCAUUCAUAAAAAAGCAUACAUAGGGUUGUUACGUGAUAUUGCCUUCAUCCUGUGAAUGUAGAUAAUUUCAGUAUGUGUAUUAUUUUAGUAAUACGCUAAGAAGUGUCUCCUUUUUUUUUUUGUGGCUGAGAAGAAAAACAUGCCUCGGUUUUGAUUGCACUGACAUCAUAACUGAGAUAUUGUUCCCCUAAUAAAUGUCUUCUCAUUAUUUUGGCCCAGAUUACAAGUGGAGAGCUAUUGAUAGUUCAGGGUGUGCGCUAUCAAUAUUGCAGGCCUGCGCUCAGAAUAUUGCACAGUUUAGUAUUACAAGGUAAAAAGGUUUUACCAGAGAAUGUUUAGCAUAGAAUCUCUUUAGCAUGCCCUAUAUUUUCUAAACAUAACUCAUAUUACAAGAUGUGAGUUACAACAGCGCUAAAAAAAAUUUAACACAACUUGAGAGCUGAAGUAAAGUGUUAGGGCUUGAAUAAAAGUAUAACAAAACACUUGCAAAACGUAGUAAGACAAAGUAUUACACACAGACAUAUGCAUACAUAUAUAUAUGUUAAACCCCUUGUCAUAUACCCUACCCCUUUAGCCCCUUAACUGCUGAGCCAUUUCCACCCCUGUGCUGAGCUGUUUUGGAGUCGUUAGAUGCUUCUCAUAUUUAAGCCCUACUGUAAGCCAUUUGUCAGUGAGAAACCCACUCAUAUUAAAUAUUGUUGUUUUCAGCAGACCCAGCAGAUUCAAUUUAUGUUAUUAUUUUAUUUAUAUAACAUGGUAUGUAAGAACCCAACAACAAAAUGUGUGAAAAAAAUGUAUAUUUUCAUUAAAAUUUUAAUAAAGGUUUUACACAAUU